GUCAUACUUUCCAUCAUCUGCAACAUUUGGUUUUCUUCUGAUGGAACAACACAAUUAACCAAGUUCAAGGCAACAUUCGGCCACAAAAGGGGCGAUAGUUUUGUUAGACUGCUUCAACCGUGCAAGUUGUGUUAUAUCUGGAUGAACUCGCGACGGACAGGAUCCAAGGAAAAAUGGAGCAAGAAAAGAUAAUAUUUGUGUUUGUUAAGCGUGAUCCCCAAAUUAGUACACGUCAAUAUCACGUAGAAAGCAAAAAUAUGCUAUCUGCAUUCCUCUCAUGGACAUGGCUGCUGCUAGCUUUCCCAUGUAUAGUGCAAUCCCUGCAACCAGCCACCAUGCUCACGGCUAAAAAUACCACAAAAGACGGUUGUCAGUCCAAGUGCAGGAACAUGGUAAUCCCUUAUCCUUUUGGUAUAGGGAAAGACUGUGCCAUGGGAGAUGAAUAUAUCGUAAGAUGUAUCACCAAAAAUGGUACCACCUACACAGCUUAUUGGAACGAGUACUCUGUGAUUCUAGAUAUAUCUGAGACACAGUUGACAAUGGAAUCCCUUCCUGUUGCUCAAUCAUGUGACAGUGCAGGAAAAGCAGUUGCUACUAAUAAGUAUCAGGGUGCUCAUAUUGUAGGCAAACCCUUAGCAUUAUCAGCAACGGCCAACAAGUUUAUAGUUAUUGGUUGUCAUCAUUAUGGACUGAUUGAUGCACAAACAAGGGCAGGCCAGAAAAUUUUCAGUUGUGUUGCUUUGUGUACUAAGGAGGAGGAUUUGCUUGACAACACAUGCUCUGGACUUGGCUGCUGUGAGGCUCCUAUUCCUAAGGGCUUACAGUACUUUAAUGCAAGUUUGGAAAAGAUAGUAUACAACACUAGUAUGUCAUCAGGGAAUUGCAGUUAUGCCUUCAUAGCAAAACGCUCGAGCAUCAACUUCAUUCGAGCUAUUGAUGUUCAGAGCCCUGCAUUUGCUUCCAGGACAGAAGUCAUGCCAUCUGUACUAGACUGGUUUGUUGCAAAUGCAACAUGCAGAGACGCUCAGAAGAACUCGACUGUAUAUGCAUGCCAACAGAAUACAACUUGCAUUGAUCUUGAUCAAGAUUUAGACGUCUAUGGUUAUCGCUGUAAAUGUGCUCAAGGAUAUGAGGGCAAUCCUUAUCUUUCUCCAGGUUGUACAGAUUUCAAUGAGUGCAAAGGACGAAGCAAUCCUUGCUCUGGCAUCUGUGUAAAUACCCCAGGGAGCUACGAAUGUCAUUGCCCAAAAGGUUAUCAAGGCGAUGGCAGGAAAAAUGGGACAGGUUGUCUGGCUAAGAGUUCUAAGUUUGCCUUCCCUCUUGGACUUGGCAUAGGCUCGGGAACUAUACUUUUCAUCUUGAGUGGAUAUUGGCUUUUAAUUGUAGCAAGGAAAAGAAAGAAGAUUGUACAAAAGGCUAAAAACUUUGAGCGAAAUGGUGGUUUACUAUUACAACAACAAUUGUCAUCUACAGAUGGCAUGGUAGAGACGAGAAUAAUUUAUACUGCAGAUGAACUAGAGAAAGCUACUGAUAACUACAAUGAAGACAGAGUGCUUGGUCAGGGAGGCCAGGGUACAGUCUACAAAGGUAUGUUAAGUGAUGGGAACAUUGUUGCUAUAAAGAAAUCCAAGAUAGGAAGUAACAAUCAGUUGAGUCAAUUCAUCAAUGAGGUGGUUAUAUUAUCACAAAUCAACCAUAGAAAUAUAGUCAAAUUGUUAGGAUGUUGUUUGGAAACAGAAGUUCCACUACUAGUGUAUGAGUUUGUCCCAAACGGGACUCUUUCUAUGCAUAUUCAUGAUUCUAGGGAAGACUUCCCAAUUACAUGGGAAAUGCGUUUGCAAAUUGCUAUAGAUGUUGCAGGAGCUCUCACUUACUUGCAUUCAGCAUCCUCAAAGCCUAUUUUUCAUAGAGAUGUCAAAACCUCAAACAUACUUCUUGAUCUAAAAUAUAGAGCAAAGUUAUCAGAUUUUGGGACAUCAAGAACAGUUGAUGUUGAUCAAACUCAUUUAACCACUCGUGUUCAAGGUACAUUUGGGUAUUUAGAUCCUGAAUAUUUUCGAUCAAACCAAUUUACUGAAAAGAGCGAUGUUUAUGGCUUUGGAGUAGUUCUUGUAGAGCUUUUGACAGGGAAGAGCGCAAUCUUUUCUACUGAAUCUCAUAAUGGACAAAGUCUUGUGUUGUGGUUUCUAUCAUCUAUGGAAAAAUCCAAGUUGUCUGAUAUCUUGGCUGCUCGAGUUGUAAACAAGGGUAAGGAAGAAACUAUCCUUGCUGUCGCGGACCUUGCUAAAAGGUGUCUGAACAUGGACGGGAAGCAGAGGCCAACAAUGAGAGAAGUUGCUAUAGAGUUGGAGGUGAUCAGUCAACUUCAUCAUUUGCCGGUUUCAGUUCAGACGAAUUUGGCAGAGGUCGGUGAGAGGACAUUAACCAAGAUUAAAAGCAGUCCAAGUGAAAGCCUUUUGCCUGCAGAAACAUCUUUCAUGGAAGAAGAUUGGCCGUUUCGUUCAAUCUGGUCGAAAUCUUCUAGAAUUUAACACUGUAACUCAUAAUCUGGCAUGAUAUUUUCUGAACUCUGAAUGACACCUAUAGUUUUCUGUGCUCUUAUUAGUUAUUACUUGCAGUUAUAUGGAUCAUUAGACCAGCAGAGGAUGAUACAUGAUCUACCUAUCUUCGAGUUCGGUUAGCUUUGGCUGUGGCUUGCACCAAUCAUUGUGGUGUGAGAUAGAUUAGCUUUUUUUUACAUGUAGGGAUGCAAUCCUUGUGUCUGACUUAUGUGCAUUAUAACUCACAAUAUAUGAUCUGCAAUAUUUUGGUGGUUGUACUUUGUACUGCCAUUUUUAUUUGCUAUUUUCUAUAA